AAAAAUUCAAAAUAAAAUCCUGACAAACGGGAUCAAUGAGUUAAUGUCUACUUUAAAUAAGUUUCAGUCUGCUGAUGUGGACAAACCAUAAAUCCGAACAUUAUUAGAAAUGAUGACGACUUUUUUUUAAACUCAUAAACAUCAAAACUAAGUCAUGUGACAGGAACACAGAGCUAAGACUGACCUCCCACUGCUUCCAUGGUGAUAAAGUUAUGUAAAAAAAGACGGAGGCGGUGGAUUGUGAGCAGAAAGUGCGUCGGGGUGUUUUUCUGUGUCACUAGAUAAGCGACCAAAACUUCCUCUGAUGGAGCCUUAAGGUUUUUGUCCGUCUCUGCAGCAGCAGCACAGACCGCUUUUAUAUCAGGUGAGUAUUUUCACUUUUUUAACCCACUGAUGCUCUUUGUUUAAGUGUGAAUUCAUGUCUUUAUUUUCAUUACACACUGACCUUUGUUUUUGACUUUUUUCCUCCACUAAUAAAAAGUUCAGCUCUGAGGACAAGCACAGAUCCUUCUUAUGUAAAUUAAAUGACUAACUUAUUUUUCCUCCACAGGUUAGAGGAGAAACGUUCAUGUUGGCACUCAUGUAUCGCCCCAACUCAAGCCAAAGAUCUGUGAAAGACGCGGCCCUGAAACAACAGCCUGUCUCCUCAGUUCAGGACAGAAUAGCGUCUCUGGAGGGGAGGCUAUCAGCUGCUGUGAACACGAGCAGGAGUUCAUCUGCUUUAACACCCAUGAUCAGACCGACUCCAUCGCUCAGGACAACAUCAUUACAACCAUCCACUGGGAAGGAGGCUCUCUUUUCCCAGUUUACCAAAGAUUCAGCAAGAAAAACUGCCUGGAGAGAAAAUUCUGAGGUUUUCAGCAGAGCCAGUGUUGCUCGUCUCUCAGCAAAACCAGUUUGGACCAGUUUUAGAGGACCAGGCCCUACUGCACCUCUCAAACCAGAAACUAAAACUGGUCCGUCCUUCCCAACCGUGCAGCAGAGGACCAAACUACCUGUAGCUCAGAAAGGCUGUGAGACCACAGAGCUAAGAGUGACCUACUCUAAACCUCCUGAACUCCAUCAGAGGCAAAAUAAGGUCCACAAGUCCAAACCCUUCACCCCAAAGAGGAGACUCCCUGAUGUGUCCGCUCUGGGACGACCUCCAGCGAAGCCUUGCAGACCUCCAAGCGAUGUGAUGCAUCAGAUCAGAAAGACUUUUCCGUCUCUGAGCACUGGUGAGAAAAGUUUUCAGGUUUUUUUUUCUCCAAGUAAAACAGGUUUUAAAAUGUACCAGAGUGUUGGACUAAAAUCUGAUUUGUGGGACAGAGUCUGGAACAAAAACACCACGCACUGCUGCUCCUCCUCUUCCUCUUCGUCCAUGUCCAGGUCCACCAUCCGACCAUGCAGCUGAUCUGUAAGUAUCCACACCAAGUGGUUUCACGUCUUUACUGGUUUUAAAACACUGUUUAUGAAAUGUUCCUUUAUUACGCACAGGCUUGAUGGGGAUGAGAGCUACGAUGACAUCUGCACCCUGAACCCUCCACCCCUCCCCAAAGAUGCUCUCAGAGGAUCGAUCAAGAGAAAUAUCAGGAACCAAGAGGCUCAUCAAUGGCUGACCCAGGAAAUGGAAAAAUACAGUAAUUAGAUUUUAAAUACUCUCUGAUGACUGACCUGAUAAACAGUCAACACAUCCGUCUUUAGUGUUCUGCCCCCAAUCAUAACAGACUUGAACCUGCUGUAACUAUUUACUGCCUCAAGCAUGAAAUUUAUGUGCCUCUUCUCUCUGCAUGUUACACUUAAUAUCAUGUCUCUAAAACAUGAGCAGGAGAGAUGAUCAGACUCUUUUAAAAUCUGACAUUACUGCGUAACUGUUCUCUAACUGUUUAAAGAACUUCAAAAUAAAAGCAUAGUUACAGGAAAAUAAAGUUCAUAAAGUUAUGCACCAUGUUUGCCUUUUCUUUAUUGUACUGUUAAUAUUCCAAUAACUGAAAUUUUGUGUUAACAGACUGUAUGUUUGUCUCUCCAGAUUGUAGAAACAAGUUCCUGCAGGUGGAGAAGUCGCUUGUGUCUGUUCAGUCUGAGGGUGUGAUGGAUGAAUAUGACGAUAUCGGAGCGCUGGCUGAUGUGUGCAGGUGUGAAUUAUUUCAUUACUCAGUUUAAUCACUUAGUUUAAUCAGUCUAAACAUGAUAAUAUUUCUUUCCUUAUAUAUGUUUAUGAGAAUAUAGAUGCUAACAAUGGAGUUAUGAUUUUCUAACAUAAUGGUGUGAAUUUAAUCUGCAGGGAAACACUGAAAAAGUCCCAGUGUUUCUCUAUAGUAGACUGUGUCUGGGUGACACCUAGUGGUCGACGGUGUUACUGCUAAUAUCAUAACUGCUGCUGUAUGGACUGUGAAUCAGAAACCUUUAAAAUUCUUCCAAAUCUCUCUAAACCAAUGUAAAAAACAACAAGCUUCCACAAACAACAUCUUAUUGUUUGAAUUCACAGCGUUAGUAUCUGCUGUGAUCACAUCACAAAACAUCCUCAUUGUGCCUUUUUUUCUACCUCCCCGUCAGAGUUCCUCCUCUGCCUCAGAAAACCUCAGAUGGAGGUGAACAUUAUUUAUUAUAAAUAUAUAAUUUUUAUCUUUAUUGAAGCUCUGUGAAGGUGAUGGCAGUAAAACAAUCUUAAAGUGACGGUCUCUGUUUCCAUAGAUGAGAAUGUGUAUGAGGUUCCUUAUUCUGCUCCUCCUCUCAUGAACAGGUAAUUAUAAAACAGUCACUGUCAUAGUGUUAAAUAUUUACUCACUGCAAAAAUUCCCAGUCAGUUUCUUUUCCCUUUUCCAAUUAAUUACAAAUAAACGACUUAAGUCUAAUUCUGUACCAUGUAACAUUAGCAGAACUGUGUCUCAUAUAUCUGAAUACUAUUUUACACAGAUAUGAUAUUAAUACUUACAUAGGAAACUAAAAAUAUAAUAUUAACAGACCAGUGUUGGCAGUAUAACUGUUGAAGAUAAUUUUGUAAACUUUCUGAUGAAUGUUUGUUGGAAUAAAGAAACAAAAAUUAAGAUUCUGUGCAGAAAAAUAAAACUAAACUCAACUCUCUCCUUUUCCUGCAGACUGUGUCUAUGAAGUGGUUUUGUGUUGACAGGAUGGACCACAGUCCUGGAUCUUUAUACUUCUUGAUUUCACUUUAUUGUGUUUGUUAAUGAUCCAUAAAUGCGUCUUUUACCAAAGUAAUCCUGAUUACUGUUUUAUGAACACAGACUUAUUUCACAAAGACACAGUUGAUAUAAGUUUUCUGUAGUUUUGUUGCCUGCUGUGCUCAUAAUAAAAUUGUGUUACAAAUUGGCAUUUAUUUUAAUGUCA